CAUUCAAGUGGCCACAGAGGUCCGCUGCCUGGCACGCGUUAGAGACGAGCGUAGAUGUGUUUGGAGGACGUGCAACUGGACGCUAAAUAGCACAGGAGGAGUUGUUUCUUAUUACCACACUGGAAGGUGUAACAGUUUUGUCGUCAACAUCGCGCGUGUGGGUGGAUUUUAUUGAGGACUCACCUUCAACCUGAACCGUGGGACCAGACCUGUGCAAAAAGAACAUUUCAACUAAAUAAGUUGGGAUUCUACAUUAGGGAGUGUUUUUUCUUUUCUUUUUAUUUUGGAGCUGGGUGGACGUUGCUGAAUUGCGCCUGAAACGGGGUUUGGAAGCUGCGAUGAACCGAGCGCUCUGAUGCGGUUAAGGUGUGCUUGAGUCCCGCGGGUAAACAGUACAGUCCACCAACUAUAACGUGGUUUUCAUUUUUGUUUUUAGUUACAUACUUUUGACCAGUUUAAUGGGGGCAAACAUACAUCCAGCCAACACUUGGCUGCACUUUUACGCACGCUAGAUGUGCCAGCACCGUUAAAUGAAUGUUGAUCAUUUCCCAUCGAGUAACGGACUUAUUACGCCUAAAUCAUCGAAUGAAUUCUCAACUAAAGCAAACAACCAGCCGCUUUUUAUUGAGGAAAAGCAUUUAAAAUAUUUAAGAAGCAGUUGACUUAUGCGCGCAAAUGCGGUCGGAAGCUUUAGAUUUGUGUCCCUAAAAUGUGUAUUAUUGGUGUCUUUUAAGACACCAUAGUGAAUGCUCCCUUUUAUUAGUGCGUUUUCAGCCCUCGAGGAAAAGAUGAACCUGUGUUUUGUCAGCCUUCUCCUCACUUUGGAUUUGGUCACCGUUGCGCUCAGUUUGUCAACAUGCAGCAUAUUGGACAUGGAGCAGUUCAAGAAGAAGCGCAUCGAAGCUGUCCGAGGGCAAAUCCUCAGCAAACUCAAACUCGCCAAUCCCCCGGAGGACUUCCCCGAGCCCGAGGACGUGUCCAAGGACAUCGUGGCCAUUUAUAACAGUACACGGGACCUAUUGCAAGAAAAGGCCAAUGAACGGGCUGCAACGUGCGAGCGCCAACGGAGUGAGGAGGAGUAUUACGCCAAGGAGGUGCACAAGAUUGAAAUGCAGCCCAUCUAUCCAUCUGAGAAUGUCAUUUCUCCCACUCUGUUCAACCGUUACUUCAGACGGCUAAUGUUUGACGUGUCCCCUAUGGAGAAGAAUUCGUCCAACCUGGUGAAAGCCGAGCUGAGAAUCUUCCGUCUUCAAAAUCCUACUGCAAGAGUUUCUGAGCAGCGCAUUGAGUUGUACCAGACUUUAGCACACAAAGAUCUGACAUCCCCAACUCAACGAUACAUCGACAGUCGAGUGGUACGAACACAAGCAGAGGGCGAGUGGCUGACGUUUGACGUGACGGAUUCAGUGAGUGAAUGGAUGAACCACAGAGAUAGAAACAGUGGAUUCAAGCUCAGCCUACAUUGUCCAUGCUGUACUUUUGUUCCAUCAACUAACUACAUCAUUCCCAACAAGAGUGAGGAGCUGGAGGCACGGUUUGCAGGUAUUGAUGACAGCUUCGUCAGCGGUGGCGAUCUGAAAGAUUUCAAGAGGUUGCGCCACAAUACACGGGCUCCACACCUUCUAAUCAUGCUGCUGCCGUCAUACCGUUUGGAGUCUCCGUUUCACCACAAAUCACAUCGAGCAAAGAGAGCCCUGGAUGCAGCUUACUGCUCCAAAAAUGUUCAAGACAACUGCUGCUUAAGGACGCUCUUCAUCGACUUCAAGAAAGACCUCGGCUGGAGGUGGAUUCAUGAGCCAAAGGGUUACGAGGCCAACUUUUGUGCUGGAGCUUGUCCAUAUCUAUGGAGUGCUGACACACAGCAUGCCAAGGUGUUGGGUCUUUAUAACACGAUCAAUCCUGAUGCAUCAGCGUCACCCUGCUGUGUGUCCCAGGACCUGGAGCCCCUCACCAUCCUCUACUAUAUCGGCAAGACGCCCAAAAUAGAACAGCUCUCCAAUAUGAAGGUCAAGUCUUGCAAGUGCAGCUAGAAACCAAGCCAGCACGAGCCACACCCGCCUUCCUUCGCACAAUAAUGCACGCACACACACUAAUUGCAACCAUGCUAUCUCUUCUAUUUUCACUCAGCACGGUUCAGUGUCAUGUGUUCAAGAUUAGAGGUACUGAACAAAUAAACCUCAUUCCAAAAUGGCACUGCAAUGCUCUUAGAAAUACACGACACGGACCAUUGAUUCCAUAAAGACUUUGACACCAUGUGCCUUGUAUUUGUUUUUUCCCAUGCUGUUUAACAGACGGCAAAGUUGAAGUGUGCCUACGGUUUGUAGUGCCCCGCUCGGCUUUCCAAGCAUCACCCCCCUGUCGGCUAUCAGAUGUCAAGAUUCAACCUGUCAUAUCCAAUCAAGCAAGGGUAACACUGCAGUUAUUUUGGCUGGUGUAUUGUUCGCAUGCAACUACACAAACUAAACAAAAAAGGCUAGAAGAAGAAGAAAUCCUUUGAUUUUCUUAUCGACAUUGACAACCGUAAAAUGAUAAUUAUACGAGACAGAGCAUUGCAGGUAAAUGUUUUGUAUGGUAUGUUAGCUAUACAUUACAAUGAUGGAAACAUAGUGGAACUAAUGAAGAUCCAGUUUUAGUGAGAUUGACUAAUACUCAGGGCUCUGUUUUAGUGGACAGCGUGCCUACGCUCAGAUUUAAAAACUGAUUUGGCAGUUGCUUAUAAAAGCCCUUUGCAUAUGUCCGGAUCCUGAAUGGACUCCAGCCAUGUAUAUUGUGCGCCUCUCCUGCGCUGAUUUAAAGGGAAAAAGAGGCCGGCACACCCACAACGGCACAAACUGCCCAUUUCUAACUGCGUCCCUAAACGAAAAUACCGUCAGAAAGAAAACUCCACCUAUGUGCAGAGUUAGUUUGCGCAUUGUGAUGAACCUGUGCUUGGCACAAAAGAAGUUCACUGAGUCUUUUUCUCUCAAACUAAAAAAGUACAAAUUUUUAGUCUACCCCUUAUUUACUCAUUUAGUUUUAGAGAAUUGUUGUAUGUUCAGUAAAGUGGGGUCAAAUUUGCUUGAAACGUGACAGUUACAAAUAACUGACUUGUCGCUACAUGUGCUAUUUUUUAUCAAUAGAUGACACCAUCCAAAAAUCUCACCCAAAACUCAUCUUGUCUCAAUUUAUUCAUUCAGUGUGAAGUGUGGGUAUUGCAAAUUGAACACAGAGCUGUUUCAUUUGCAGGAAUCAAUGACAUUAUGUUGUAUUAAUAUUAACCAUAGUACAACUACCGAGAGGUGAUUGAAUAAACGAAUCAGGAAAACCCUGGUAGAAAAAAAAUAUUGUUAAAAUGAAACAUGGAUUUAAUGUGUCUUCAUUUUAGUAAUGCAAGGACAAAAUGUUGAUUUCCGUCGUCACAAUGUGCAAGUGGAAAUACCCUUUUUUUUUCAUUCGCCUUCUAUAGAAGGCUCAGUCAACAUGAAUCACCUCACACACUUGUCACAUGAGACCGAUUAAGGCAAACACUGGAAGUUUAUGUGAUGAGUUUUUAUAUGUGAAAUGAUUACACAGAUCCACCCUCAAUCCCCAUCCAUCUUUUUGCUCUCUCCCUUAUUGAGUCACGUCACAUCCUCAUUUGUAUUUGUCUUUGUUUUGUAUCCUUUGUAUUUUUAAUGUAUUCAUUGUUUUGCUAUUUAAGAUGUUUUUGCUUAGGUGCUUAGAAUAUAUUUGACAGUGGACAAUUCACUGACCUUGCAUUGUGGGUAUGCGCCCCCUUCAACCUUUUGUAUCUUUCAGGUGCUCUAUUAAAGAUUAUUUUUGUUUUAAAAUGUUACUAGUUUUGGAAAUAACUGCUGUCAGCUUAUACAGGUUGAUUUCCAAACCUUUUUUUUUUCUUUCGAAAUAGUUCACUCUAUGCGUCUGUCAUUAAAACGUUAUUUGGGAGUACAAUUCCGUUUGCAAUCUUGUUCCUGCGGUGGCUAUUCUAGCAGCUUCAAGAUUGUUGACUUUCUGACAAGCCCAAAUGACCUUUGGAGCUCAAGUGCAUCGUACUAAAAGGCUAAUGACAUUGAGUUGCUGUAGCUUCCUCAAUCUUUACGACCACUUACUGUAGUGAGCAUGUUGACAACAUGGGCAUUCAAGCAAUUAUUACGAUGCAUCUCGACAUUUAACAUUGGCCGGGCUGCAGCAUUUGUUAAAUUGUUAAAAGGUGGAGGAAGCUACUGAAAUCCUUCCCAAAAUGAUAGUUAUUUACCUGUCUGCCUAAAAAGAAAGAGUCAGACAAACCUGGAAAGACAGCUCAAAUAUGUAUCUAAAAAAAAGUGAAUUCAGUUCAAAAGUCCUCAUUUUUGUUGAAGAUGGUAAAGCAAUGAAAUUGAAAAUCUCUGCAUUAAAGCACCAAAAAAUAGUUUCAUCUUGUUGUCUAAUAGAUUUGUUAAGCACAUCCAACAUGAAAAGGUGUGCCACACAACAUAUUAGUUUUCAACCAAGCAUUCAAAUGGCCAAAAACUGAAUCGGGACAACUUUGCCUACCUUCUGGAAUAAAACUGAAGGGUUUCUGGCAGGAUCAAUUCGAGGGAACUCUGUUGAGGAAGCCAGUCUGAAAACAUAUCUUUCUCGCGUGACAAAAAUCUACCAUUUAUGUUCCACUUAUCAUACUGCGUUUGACUCAAUCACGGUUGAACCUGUGAUUUGUGGUUAAAAUAAAAAAGCUUUCCACGCAUGGAGAAAAUAAAAAAACAUUUUAUACAUGCGGAUGAAUACUGGGUGUCAUGUCAUACACUCAUCAUGUGUUUAGCCCACAGUGGUUUAAAAAAUAUUUAAUUGGAGAAACUGGUUUUAUGACGAGGUUUUUGGACAAAUGAUGACAGUCCAAUGUUGCUUACUAAAAGAGGAAGCCUUUGAAAUCUUAUAAGAUCUCAAAAACAUUUCAAAAUGUUUCGCUCAGUCAAUGGUCAAAUCAAGUAUUCCACUUUAUUUAAGUUUACAAUAAUAUCGUCAUGGGCAUUCUGUAUUUCUGCCACAACAUCUGCCUGUCAUUAGCGUUUAAAACAAAUUGCACUGAUGAUGUUUUAUUUUUAGUACGUUGAAAAACAGUUCUCUUUAUAUUUUGGUUAGUUAAAAAAUCAUCAAAAAAAGAGUCUGGAUUAUCAGCCUGGUUGGGCAAUGCCAGUAGACAGCCUGACUAGCAGGGGGAAAAAAAAAAAUUCUUUCUUUGUCAUGAUGGAGCUGUUGUUGUUUUAUUCGUGUUUCUUUUUUUUUUUUUUUUUUUUUUUGAAAUGUGAUUACGACCCGCUAUACUGUACUGUAAUGCAGUAUACUGUGGUACCCUAGUGGUAAAUAAAUUAUUUAUGUUUCAAGGAA